AUGUCUGAGCCCAUCCUCGGUGCCGGCAGGAGUCCAGUGGAAACGGACCUUGGCCUACAGCAUACCCUGGUGAACGGAAACUGUGAGAGCCCCAUCACACUUCUGGACCGGCUCUCUGCAACCAGAGGCAUUUGGGAGGUUCUUGAAAGCCAACCGGAACAAGCCAAGGAGUUGCUGUCAGUACACCCACCUGGGACGUUCAUCAUCGCUGGAAAUAAAGGUGGAGGGUCCAGGGAGCUCUUCUUAAAAACACAGGGAAACGGGAGCGAUGCUGUCUGCUCUUUCUCUAUCCAGGACAACGGCGCAGCGAUUUGUCUGGAGGGCUCCUUGCUGCAUUUCAGAGACCUCUUGGAGCUGGUCUGUUUCCACCUUGUGAGCAGAGACAUCCUGCCCCAUCUGCUGAGGAUCCCAGAUGCCCUUCGACUUCUACACAAGCCUGAAUUAGAUGCGGUUGCUGCCUUGGGCAUGAAGUUCUGGACAAUGCCCCUUAAACCUGACGAUGGGCUGGUGUUGGCUGAAGUGGAAGAAGGACCCGUGGGUCUGGACGGAGCCCCUUCUAAAUCAAGACAGGCGGUCUGUUCUGUCCGGAUAACGUCCGAGGAUGAAGCUCUGUGCAUCAUCAACCCGCUGUUUGUCUCGGUGCACAGCGACGCCGGCUGGCUUGACCUUGCGUCCAGCUUGCGCCGGUCAAGUAGCACGAGGGGCACUCUGCGGUUCCCAAAUGGGCUGGGGACUCUCCAGAAGUCCGGCUCAGCAAAAGCAGCAUCCAGGAAACAAGGAGCCCAAGGGAGUCUGGAUCAUCCGGAAGAGAAGGAGGAGGAGGAGGAGAUGGAGAAAGGUGACCCUCUCCUCCGCUCCACCACCGCGCGACGGAGGCCUCUUCAUCGCAGUCUGGCCUGCAGCAGUUCGGAAGCCGCCUCCGAAGAGCCGCCUCCGUCCCCCGACCUCCACCUGAAGGAGGUCAAGUCCCCGCACCGCGUCUCCUGGAUCGAGGGGAUCCCGACCACCCCUCCUCCUGCCUGGCCGCUGAAAAAGUCCAGCUCCGAAUCCUCUCUGCUGAGCGAGAGCAUCUUGCUGCCUCCCAUCCCCGAACUCGACUCGCUAUCCGUCAGCAGCGUGGAGGACGAGGCGGAGGGCGUCCUCGCUGCGGCGGCGGCAGCUCACCAGAAGAAGCAGCAGCGCCGUUCCUCCUCCUCCGUCCUGACCUACAAGGUCCUCCAGCGCCUCUCCGCCGUGGGCAGCACGCUCAGCGGCUUCCUCUCGGCCGAACGCCGGGUGUCCAAGAGGGUGCAGGAGCUGGCCCAGGAGCCGGCGUCCUACGUGGGGGGGCUGGUGCAAAGCUUCGUGGGCCACAUCCUGCGCGGAGCCGGGAAACGGCAUGCGACCAGCACCGACCUGCUCCAGGAGAUCCGGCAGAUGAUCAGUAACCUCAAGGGCUACCUGUGCGAGAGCUCGGAGCUGCGCGUGGUCUGCGAGCAAAGCGAGGCCGAGGAGAUGGACCUGGGUUCCGUGGUCGAAGCUGCUCUGUACAAAUGCAUGCUGAAGCCUCUCCGGGACUCCGUCUACGCCCAGUUGCACGAAUUCCACGCCCACGACGGCACCCUGGACAAGCUGCGUGAGCACCAGGCCACCAUGCGGGGGCAGAGCCUGGCCGAGCUGGGCGUGACGGCCGGCGUCCCGGAUGGGGCCGCCUUGGAGCGCAUCCAGGCCAAGCUGAGCCUUAUGCACCUGGCUUACUCCCCCAAGAAGAAGGAGACACACAUGCUCAAAGUCUGCAAGAUGCUCUAUGAAGCCAUGAACCAGGCUGCGGGAGGAACAGUGCCUUUUGGCGCCGACGACUUCCUGCCGGUUCUGAUCUACACGCUGGUGAACUGUGACGUGGUUUCGGUGCAGCUGGAUGUCGAAUACAUGAUGGAACUGGUGGACCCUAGCCAGCUGCAGGGAGAAGGAGGUUAUUACCUCACCACCUGGUUUGGCGCCCUCUUCCACAUCGAGAACUUCCAGCCAGCUGCCGCGGUGACGCGGCAAAUCAGCAUCGAGGCCCAGCGCUCCAUCCACCAGUGGCAUCGGCGCCGAACCAUCCACCAUCACCACGGCAACCGGCCCCAUUCCCAGAACAUCCUCUAUGUCUCCUACUGCGAACCCUUCAACAACCAGAAGACCAUCUCCGUGCCCCCUGACAUGACAACAGCGUCGGUGUGCGCCGUGUGCGCCGAGAAGUAUGGCGUCUCCGAUCCCGGGACCCACGGCCUUUUCUUGGUGUCGCACGGCUCCUCUCAGCUCUUGGCCGGGGACAGCUGCCCGCAGAGACUCCGCUCGGAGAUCCUCCAGGCUCAAGGGAGCCCUGCGAGUUUCGUCUACAAGCCCAAAGACAGGGGGCUCCCCGCUACUGCUGCUCCCCCUUCCCUUUCGGACCCUGACCGCUCGACCGAGGCCCGGGAGCCCCUCGAAAGCAAGGAAACAAAGCAACCAGAUUGAGCGCAGGCCUCGGAACCUUCCGGAAACUUCCCCAGAGGGUUGCCCGAGCUUUUGGGUUUCUGACUGGGCGGAAAUGUCGGGGAAAGCUAAGAGACUGGGCUAUAAAACGUCCGCCAGGAAAAGUCUCAAGCAGAAGACCUCGGGAACUGAAGUUCUCCUGUUGCCCUGCCAGAGUUCCCUCUUCCAUUAGACCAGGGCUGACCAGACUUUUGUGAUGUGCUUCUCCCUGCUCCCCACAUCCUGAGCCCCACCAACGUGGAGAUAAGGCUGCUUCCUAUCUCAGGGCCCCUCCAAACUGGUAAACUUAAGUGGGACACUUAAGUGGCAUUACAGCUGAAGUGGUACAAAACUGCUUUAAAUGCCUAGAGCAUAUGUGGCCUUACUUCUAAGGCAGGCUUAGCCAUCUUGGUGCCCUCUAGAUAUUGUUGGACUACAACUCCCAUCAUCCCUGACCAUUGGCCUGGCUGGCUGGGGCUACAGGUGGCAGGACCUGUUCAGUUCCCGUCCUCUCACUUUCUCGUUUCCCCCAAUACAGUCGU